UUUGGCAACAGCCAAAUGGCUCAACUUCUACCGCUGGCAGCACGGAUUGUGUUUCGUGCAUCCCAGAAGCGUUUGCAGGGUUGAAAAAUUCACAUCGUGGCGAUCAUUUUGGUACCAAGUACAACCUUACUGCGAGUAAUAUUUCGCCUUCAAUUUAG